AGGAGAGGACUACAGAUCCCGGCGGCCACUAGUCCACUAGUUACACACUCAGUGUAGUUCUCUGCACUUGGAGAUCCGUUCAUGAUUCACUUCAUUAAUAAUAAAUAGUUCGGUGUCAUGGCGGAAUCCACAGCGUGUCCUGCCUUCCAGCUCGGGAGACCCCGCUACGAGCAGGGUUCGUUCCUGGGCAGACUGAGACACUUCAUAGACAUCAUUGACCCCAGCACGCUGUUCGUCUCCGAGAAACGACUGACAGAAUGCAUAAAACUGCUCGAUGACUACAAACAUGGAGAGCUUCCACCUGGAGUGUCUGAUGUUCAGCUGUGGGAAGCCCAGAAGAUCAAACAGGCCAUCAUUCAUCCUGACACAGGAGAGAAGAUCUUCAUGCCAUUUCGAAUGUCAGGUUAUGUACCAUUCGGAACACCGAUUGUCAUUGGCCUUCUUCUCCCAAAUCAGACUGUGGUGUCUACCAUUAUAUGGCAGUGGCUGAACCAGAGUCAUAACGCCUGCGUCAACUACGCCAACCGCAACGCCACAAAGCCGACGCCGACAUCCAAGUUUCUUCAGGGUUACGUUGGAGCCGUGGGCAGCGCCGUUUCUAUCGCAGUGGGACUGAAUGUGCUGAUUCAGAGAGCCAACAGACUGAGUCCUGCCACCAGGAUGAUCAUCCAGAGACUGGUCCCGUUCCCGGCUGUAGCCAGUGCAAACAUCUGUAACGUGGGUCUGAUGAGACACAACGAGCUCUCUGAAGGAAUCGACGUCCUCGACAACAACGGGAAAGUGGUGGGAUCCUCCAAAAUAGCUGCAAGACACGCGAUCACGGAGACCGCCUUCACACGGGUGGUCCUCCCCAUGCCCAUCUUCGUCCUGCCCCCCAUCAUCAUGUCCUACCUAGAGAGGCUGCGAUUCCUGCAGAACAACCGCAGGCUGCUGCUGCCCGUCCACAGCCUGGUCUGCCUGGUGACCUUUGGCCUCUCGCUGCCCGUCGCCAUCAGCCUCUUCCCACAGAUGUCUCAGAUCGAGGUGUCUCGUCUGGAGCCGGAGAUCUCCAUGGCAACAGACUGUAAGGUGGUGACCUACAACAAGGGUUUAUGAUGGAUGGAGGAGCAGAGGAAUCAGGCUGAACCUCCUCAUGGUUCCUCCUCAUGGUUCCUCCUCCUGGUUCCUCCUCAUGGUUCCUCCUCAUGGUUCCUCCUCAUGGUUCCUCCUCAUGGUUCCUCCUCAUGGUUCCUCCUCAGACCCUCGUGUACUAACACAGGUUUCUUUCUUACGUCUCAGAUCAAAGUUUAAAAAUGGGACAGAUUUUUUUCCGUCCCAUUUGUUUUAAGGGAGCAAAGAAGCUCUGUGUAUAGAAAUGAUGAUAUAUUUACUGUGAAAUCAGUUUUUUAGCAUUAAUGAAAGAAGAUUUUAAUAUAUUCAAUAUAACAGUGUUUCCCACACACAGGCUAGACUUUGUUUCAAGAAUACAGCUUUAUAGCUUGUUCAUCCACUGAUAAAGGUUUAGAAACAGAGUUUAAACCUGCAAUAACAGACUUCUCUAACUUCAGCAGCCAGCAGCUAGCUCUCCUUCUGCUCUUUGCUUUGAUCAGGAAGUCAUUUUUAAGAGUUUUUGUUGUAAACUGCUAUCUGAUCUGUUUGGUGGUGCUGAUGAGAGCAGAACAAACAGUAAAAUGUGGCUAGAAAACAGAAACAGUGAGUUCAGAAAACAAGGAAGGAAGAUUUUCACAUUCAAGAAGGAAGCUGCUGUAAACAAAGUACUAAAAUUAAGAUAUAAAAUAAGGCAACUAAUUCAGUCAAAAAACAGCAGC